GCCUGCACAUUGUCCGGCUGAAGUACAGGAGACCCGACCAAAUGGUGCAAAUUUCCGCUGCUUUUCCCUUUCACCAUCAAUAAAGUACGGCGAGAAUAUUCAACGUGUACAACUGGCAUCGUACUGCUGUACAUGCAGGACUCAAUCUGGGUAAUUAUUCCCGUACAUAUCGUGCCUUCCACCAAUCUGCCAGCACCAAAAAUCACGAAUUGCCCAGUGACUGUACAUGCGUUAUACUACGCUGGCACGCACAUCGUGAGUGCAUCUUAUGUUAUAGACGUCGUAUUAUACAAUCGACGCUCUGUACCGGAUCCACAGUUUUCUUCACAUUAUAUACAGUGCCAGCACAGCUGAUGCCGGGGAAAAAUCGGCAAAAUCUGUUCCCAUAACUAAUGACUUCCUUUUUGACCGUGUUGGGUGUCACUAGUUGUUCGAGGAGUGCUGCUGCCGCCGCCAACAAAUUGGGCUCGCUCGGCACUGGAUUAAUUCACACACCAGCGUAUCUGUAUCCUAUAUGUAUAUUCCUCUGCUUGAAUUCCCUUGAGUGUUGCUGAUCCCGGCAGUUUUAUUUUGCCGGUUUCUACCGAUAAAUAAAUAAAUAAAUAUUCUAUUUGGUGUGUGUGUACAGUAUAUCCUUGUGCUGUAUUGGCAAUGCGACCCUGGCUGCUGUAUCCCAUCGGUGCCAUUGUGCCGGUUAUCAUCUGCAUUGGCUGCGUUGGAGUGCACGUGGAGGCGGCUAAGAAGGCGCAUAAGAAUGCCGCACACGGGAAGCUGGGACGGAAGCCGAUCGAAUUCGAUGCCCAGAUGGAGAACGCCAGUGUUCCCUUGGGCAAGGAUGCCGUGUUCACUUGCCGGAUUAAUCAGAGUGUUAAAUCUGCCGAUCUACAGCUCGUCUGGUUGCGGCUGGACUCGCAGACAAUCCUGGCCUUUGAGAACCGGCUGGUGCAGAAUAAUCCCCGUAUAAGCGUCAGCCACGAGGAGCGCCGGGAGUUCAGUCUGCACAUUAAGAACGUCCAGCCGGAAGAUGCCGGCCACUACGCCUGCACCAUCAACACCAAUCCACUCUCGCAAAUGCGCGCCCAUCUCGACGUUCUGGUGCCUCCGCUGAUCCUGGCCAACGAGACCACCGAGCACGUUGUUGUCCGCGAGGCCUCCAACGUCAGUCUCAAGUGCGCCGCCAGCGGACACCCGCGGCCGACCAUCAGCUGGGUGCGCGAAGACAAUAUGUAUAUUACACCCAAAGGCGAAGAAAAAGCUUUGACAUAUAACGGAUCGGUGUUAAGUCUGGAACGCGUGGGCCGAUCAGAUAUGGCCACGUACAUCUGCAUGGCCGCCAACGGCGUCCCACCGGCUGUCAGCCAGCGGACCACCGUCAAAGUCGAAUUUCCGCCCAUGAUAUGGGUCGAGCCGAAGCAUGUGGCUGCCUGGAUCGGCGGAAGUGCCACGUUGAAGUGCGAAACGGAAGCUUUUCCACAGGCCGUGCAUUUUUGGCUGCGGGAGGGCGUUAUUCUGACCAACAGCGACAAGUACGACAUCCGCGCCGAACCGGCACCCGAACCGCAUGCCUACCGUAUGAAGAUGCAGCUGACCAUUCGGAACAUGGACGCUAAAGACUUUGGCGACUACACAUGCAGCGCCUCUAAUUUCCAUGGGAGCGUCGAGGGAGCCGCCAAGUUGUACGAGGUCGAAGCUCCUCCGGAGGGAAAAACAACACAGGGCAAAGGCAAGUCAGCCCAACGGCCGGGCGGUAAUAAGAAAAAGAAAGGUCACAAGCAUGCCAUGCGAAUGGGCGUCAAUGCCACCCGAUUAAUUGAUGAGAAGUCCUACUACGACAAACAGCAAAUGGACCACGAUCCGUCGAUGCCGAUGGAGGAGCCUCAGAAGGGGCCCCUCCAGCGCAAGUCCUCCAAUGGCAAUAACGGCAGCCCGCCCUUGACCUUUCGCACCGGCUGCCUCAUACCGGCCUUACUGUUGUAUUUAGUCGCCUUUCUCCUGAUUAUGUACAAUCAAAGGACGUAGUCAACCGGGGCCCGCUCGCACGCGCCAGUCGGCCUGCAAUCCCCUCAACAAAUCUGUGAUUAUUGCCCUCGUUUUCAGCAACAAGAAUUGCCGAAAAGUUACGGACCACAACCCCAACCAGAUGUACCAGCAGCUAACAAAAAAUCAACCGAUAAAUUUUGUUCAGAAAAUUUCUGUUUUGAUUUUUUCACUCUCAUCUAGUGCGUGGCGCCGAUCCGGUGGUGUGCCUAAUUAUACAGGGAGUAUCGGAUAUUUGCACAGUGUAGAAUAAUCAACAUUUUUUGUGGGACAUUCGAUUAUCGAAGAUCUUGGGAAAUUAAAAAAGCGUAUUUAAGCUAAAGAAAAAUUCGAAUUGCAUUUGUCGUUAUUCAGUUUUUCUUCGUACUGGGAAUCUUGAAAUACUAAAAA